GGCGCUCUCUCGUCCCCCCCACCCCCGCCCGCACCCCGGUCCACCGCCAACCACCCCUUCUCCCACGCCGGCGCCGGGUUCGCGUUCCCCAGACCCCUCCGGCCAGAUGAUGAACUUCCUGAGGCGCCGGCUCUCGGACAGCAGCUUCAUCGCCAACCUGCCCAAUGGCUACAUGACCGACCUGCAGCGGCCCGAACCUCAGCAACCCCCGCCGACCCCCGGUUCCACAGCCGCGGCGGCCUCGGCCGCGACCCCUCCCGGCUCUGUUUCUCCGGGUCCCGAGAGGAGGUCGCUUCCCGUGCCCCAGGCGUCGGCACCGCAGCCCGCGCCGGCGCCGUCGGUGGGCAGCAGCUUCUUCAGCUCGCUGUCCCAAGCCGUGAAGCAGACGGCCGCCUCGGCGGGCCUGGUGGACGCGCCCGCGCCCUCCGCCGCUGCGUCCAGGAAGGCCAAGGUGCUGCUGGUGGUCGACGAGCCGCACACCGACUGGGCCAAGUGCUUUCGGGGCAAAAAAGUCCUUGGAGAUUAUGAUAUCAAAGUGGAACAGGCAGAAUUUUCUGAGCUCAACCUGGUGGCCCAUGCAGAUGGAACCUAUGCUGUGGACAUGCAGGUGCUCCGAAAUGGCACAAAGGUUGUUCGGUCCUUCAGACCAGACUUUGUGCUCAUCCGACAGCAUGCAUUUGGCAUGGCAGAGAAUGAGGACUUCCGCCACCUAAUUAUUGGCAUGCAGUAUGCAGGGCUCCCCAGCAUCAACUCACUGGAAUCCAUUUACAACUUCUGUGACAAGCCAUGGGUGUUUGCCCAGAUGGUGGCCAUCUACAAGACACUGGGAGGGGAAAAGUUUCCACUUAUUGAGCAGACAUACUACCCCAACCACAAAGAGAUGCUGACACUGCCUACGUUCCCUGUGGUGGUGAAGAUUGGUCAUGCUCAUUCGGGCAUGGGCAAGGUCAAAGUAGAAAACCACUACGACUUCCAGGACAUUGCUAGUGUGGUGGCCCUCACCCAGACCUAUGCCACAGCAGAGCCCUUUAUUGACGCCAAGUAUGACAUUCGGGUACAGAAGAUUGGCAACAACUACAAGGCUUACAUGAGGACCUCCAUCUCAGGGAACUGGAAGACAAACACUGGCUCUGCCAUGCUGGAGCAGAUCGCCAUGUCAGACAGGUACAAACUCUGGGUAGAUACCUGCUCUGAAAUGUUUGGUGGCCUAGACAUCUGUGCUGUCAAAGCUGUACAUGGAAAAGAUGGGAAAGACUACAUUUUUGAGGUCAUGGACUGUAGCAUGCCCCUGAUUGGGGAUCACCAGGUGGAGGACAGACAACUCAUCACUGAACUAGUCAUCAGCAAGAUGAACCAGCUGCUGUCCAGGACUCCUGUCUUAUCUCCUCAGAGACCUUUAACCACCCAGCAGCCACAGAGUGGAACACUUAAGGAUCCGGACUCCAGCAAGACCCCACCUCAGCGGCCACCUCCCCAAGGGGGCCCUGGGCAACCCCAAGGAAUGCAUCCCCCAGGCAAGGUGCUGCCUCCACGCCGGCUCCCCCCUGGACCAUCAAUGCCACCUUCCUCCUCUUCCUCCUCUUCCUCCUCGGUUCCUCAGAGGCCGGGAGGCCCCACCACCACCCACGGAGAUGCACCCUCCAGCAGCAACUCCCUGGCAGAGGCCCAGCCGCCCCUGGCAGCUCCACCACAGAAGGCCCAACCUCACCCACAGCUCAACAAGUCGCAGUCCCUGACAAAUGCCUUCAGCUUCUCUGAGUCUUCCUUCUUCCGGUCUUCAGCCAAUGAGGAUGAAGCCAAAGCGGAGACCAUCCGGAGCUUGAGGAAGUCCUUUGCCAGCCUCUUUUCAGAUUAGUUCUUCAGACACAUGGGGGGGUUCCAGCCCCACCAGGAAAGGCAUCUAAGACUUUCACCACAACGGCCCUCCACACUUGGUGGCCGUGUCCCGUGACUUGCCAUAUGUGGCCCCUUACUCUGCUCCAUUGUGCUCGGUGAUUUGUGCAGCUCAGAAAGCACCACAUGAUGGUCUCAGGAGAGAAGACCCUCAGAGGGACGUGACGUCAGAGGGGAAAGAGCUGCUUCCCUGUAGUCAUGAAAGCGCCCUGAAGUCCUUGUUGCUGUGAGUUUAGUGGCCUUAUUGUGACAGUGCCAUCAUGUCUUACUCUUUCCUGUGGAACCAGGACCCCUGUAAAUGAGAAGUCCUUGCAGUGCAACCCGGCUCAGACUCAGCGCUUAGCAUGUCUCUGUAGUCAGCACCACCUAUGGUGGACGUGUAUACUUGCCUAGAAGUACUGCUGGCUGGAAGUUUCAGGCACUGUCUCCGUGGCACCUGUUUCAAGUACACUCACCUAGCCCCUGUGCUCCCCAGACCGCGCUGGUGGUGAAGUUCCUCAAUCCUGCUGAAGCCACAGGGAACAAGGAUGGCAGUCCCUUUUCUUCCCUCUGGAGAUUCUUUUUUGUGAGUUGCAGUGACCUUGGCCUCCCAAAGCUUCACUGUAGAGAAGAAUGCAUGCCACUUUAACAGCAGUAUGCCAAACACUGUGUUCCUCACCUAAUAAAUGUCAAGACCUUUGGUGCAAUAAAAGCAACAACAUUAACCAGCAUUUGAUUCAG